CUUCUUCCUCAAUCCUAAAUUUUCUACCUCUUUUGUCUCUCAUCCUCCCAGCAAGAAAACCCACAUGAAAAUGACACCUCUUUUAACAAAACCCAUAUCUUAAUUUUUGUUCUUGAGCUUUUCUGACAAAAUCUAUGAAAAUUGGGAGAGAAUUAGAGAGAAAGGAGGCAGAAAUGAGUGAAUGCACGCCAACGGACACUCAUCGGUCCGAUCUAGACCAAGGCCAGCUAACGAAGAGCCAGAGGACCGAUCUGGACCAUGCUCGCUAGCUGUUUGGCUAGCCAUAUGUCCAAAUCUGGGCUAUAUGGCUCUCUAAACAUGUGAGGGGAAUAAGGAAGAAGGGAGGGGAAGAAGGAGAGGGAAGAAAAGAAGUCCCAACUAGGGAUUUUGAAAUUUUUUUAGAAAUUUUGUUGGAGGGAUCGAGAUGCACUGCUGUAAUCUGAAUCUAAGAAGGUUUGGACCGACUGAUUUCAAGGAAAAAGGAUGGUUGUGGUUGAACUAGAUUCAAUGUGCUACCAUAAAUUUGUUGACUAAAGUCUGGACAAGCUUUGGCAAAACAAUUAAAAUACUAGUAUAACAGAAUAAAGAUGGGGCCCUCCACUGCUGAAAGUAUGAAGAAGCUAUGGGAUACGUGGAAUGUGAGAGUACUGAUUAUCAUAAGCCUUCUGGUGCAGUCUUUCCUUAUUCUGUUUGCACCAUUAAGGAGGCAAAGAGGUGCGAUAUGGGUGGUCAAGAUGUCAAUCUGGUCAGCAUACUUGCUUGCAGACUGGCUUGCUACAUUUACAAUUGGACUCAUGUUGCGAGCUGAAAGAAGUGAAAUCUUGGCCCUUUGGGCACCAUUUCUUUUGUUGCAUCUUGGUGGCCCUGACACUAUUACUUCCUUCUCUCUAGGGGAUAAUGACUUCUGGAUUAGACACUUGAUUGGGCUUAUGUUACAAGUUAAUUCGACGGUGUAUGUUUUCUUUCAGUCACUCCCAGAGAACAAGCUUUGGCUCCCAACCUUCCUAAUGUUAACUGCAGGAAUAAUCAAAUAUGCAGAGCGCACCUGGGCAUUUUAUCUCGCAAGCUUUGACCAAUUUGGGAAUAAUUGGGAAUCUCCCUCAGGAUCACUCCCUGUCCCAAUUUUAAUGCCUGGAUCACUCUUUGUGCCAAUGUUAAUGCCUCCCAUUCCACCAAUUCCAGUACAGUUUGUCCAAGGUCUAAAAAAGCCCUCUAUAUUUGGAAGAAGUUCAGAGUUGGUGAGAAAAGAUAUCAUUUCAGAGGCAGCAAGACGGGUUGGUGCUAUCAAGAACCUACUUGUAGGUCCUCCCAUGAGUUCAAUGCAAAAAUUGUCUCUUCAUAAUGCAACACAUCAGAAAGAUUCACAUGAGAUGCUCCGAAUCAUAGAGAUCCAUUUAAGCCUCUUGUAUGAUCUUCUUCAUACCAAGUUGCCUGUGGUUGAUUCCAAGAUUGGUUAUGUUUGCCGCACUGUUAACCUUGGUUGCAUCUUGGGAGCCUUAGUGUCAUUCCCAUUAUUACUUAGGAAGCACCACCAUAAGUUGUUGAAGUUUGACAUUUGGCUGACCUAUGUGUUGCUGAUCGGGGCUUUGGCAUUGGAUUUGAUAUCCAUCUUGUUACUUAUUUUCUCUGAUUGGAUUAUUAUUGCUCAUUUCAGGAAAGAAGACUCUAAUGAAUUUAUCAACAGGCGCAGGUGGUCUAACUCAAUUCCUCAGUUAAAUAUUUUAGCUUGUUGUUUCAAGAGUAAGGAUGGAGAUUAUUCAAACAAAUUGAUUGAUUUUCUUGGCUUAAAUAGUUUUUUUGAAAACAUAAGAAGAUUAAUCCAGUGUGUGUCCUCCAAAGAUUUUGUAGAAGACGAAGCAUGGAACUUCAUUUUUUCAACAGUAAAAGAAAAGUAUGAUGCAGGCAACGGAGUGUUUCAUCCUGGAGUUCUGCAUGGAGAUACUCAUGAUACCAACUUUGCUUGGAGCCUAGACAAGUUUGAAUACAUGGAAAGCCUCCUGAUCUGGCACAUAGCCACUGAAAUAUGCUACCGAAUAGGAGGUCCAGAUAACAGCCCCAGUACCUCUACCUCUACAUCAAGGAGUUUAGGUCACCGGAAAAUAUGCAAGUUGCUUUCAGAUUAUAUGUUUUACCUUCUGGUGAUGGAGCCUACUACAGUAGCUGCCUCGUCUAACAAUUUGAAGAUGGUAUUUGAGGGUGAAAAAUUAGAUAAAACCUGGAGGUGGCCACAUGUCAUUAGAGGUGAAAAGGGAUCCAAAGGAACAUUCGAUAAAGAUAAAGAUCUGGACAAGCUAUUGGUCGAUGAACAAGAAGAUGUGAGAAAGCUGUUGAAUAAAAUGAAGACAGAUGUGGAUAAGCUUAGGUUUGAGCAAAAGCUACAGAUAAAUGAGUUUUCUAGGGUAACUGCUGCAUGUUAUCUGGCCAAGGAGCUCCUCAAUCAGCCCAGCGGUUGUCCAUGGGAAUUAAUGGGCAGAUUUUGGGUAGAAAUAGUAUGCUAUGCUGCUAAUAAUUGCCAACCCGUUGUCCAUGCACGACAAGUAAGCAGAGGCGGACAACUUCUCACCUUGGUUUGGUUGUUGAUAAAUUACUUGGGAUUAACUCCUCCGCCGAAGGAAUGGUAUGACGUGUUAGAGCGGAAGGAACCCACUGAUCAGAAUAAAGAGCUGAAGGAACCAGACGUGUUAGAGCAGAACGAACCCGCUGAUAAGGAAAAAGAGCUGAAGGAACCAGACGUGUUAGAGCAGAAGGAACCCGCUGAUAAGGAAAAAGAGCUGAAGGAACCAGACGUGUUAGAGCAGAAGGAACCCGCUGAUAAGGAAAAAGAGCUGAAGGAACCAGUUCACAAGUUAGAGCAGAAGGAACCCGUUGAUCGGAAAAAAGAGCUGAAGAAACCAGGCGUGUUAGAGCAAAAGGAACCCGCUGAUAAGAAAAAAGAGCCAAAGGAACCAACACCCACUGAUCAGAAAAAAGAGCUGAAGGAAGCGGCUCAUGAGUUAGAGCUGAAGGAAUCUGCUGAUCAGAAAAACAAGCUGAAGGAACCAGCUCACGAGUUGGAGAUGACAUCAGCCACUUCAUGAAAACGUCUGUCAAGUUUAAUUCUGGAGUGUUCUUUCUUUGUUUACCUUUCAUUUUGAAUUCAUGCUUUGGAAAUCUCUUGAUAUUUUAUUAGUGCAUUGUAUUCUAUAUGGUUGUGUUGUGUUGCUAUUUGGAAACAUGUAUUUGAAUUUAGGACAAUAAUAUAUUACCAUGUGUGACUUCAGGACUGGGUCAAUAUACAACUUCCUCUUUGGUAGUAGUAGUACAGUAAAUCUUUGCCAAUAAGGCAUAUAUGUUCUGUAAUAAAGAGCCCUUAGCCCU